GUCAAAACCUGGCUGAAACAAAACAAUCUCUCACAUUACAUACCUGCGAUCUGUGUCGAUGAUAUUAUCAACACAACAUCUUGCGACGUGACGGCCGUCGGGAACUUCUACUUCCAUAUGCAUCCAACUGUCAACAUUUCUUUAAGGCACGUGGAGAUUUUGAACGUUCUUCCCAUGCCCCCGAAGAGCUACUGUAUGAAGCUUUCAAAUCUAGAAUAUCAAUUUCCACUGCCCAAACUAAACGCAUUCACUGAAUGGGACAAUUCCACAGCCGCCGAAUAUGUCAAAACCUGGCUGAAACAAAACAAUCUCUCACAUUACAUACCUGCGAUCUGUGUCGAUGAUAUUAUCAACACAACAUCUUGCGACGUGACGGCCGUCGGGAACUUCUACUUCCAUAUGCAUCCAACUGUCAACAUUUCUUUAAGGCACGUGGAGAUUUUGAACGUUCUUCCCAUGCCCCCGAAGAGCUACUGUAUGAAGCUUUCAACUCCAGCCCUCCAGUCUCAGAAGCUUAUGGCAUGCGACUAUUCAUUACCACUAAAAGCCGUCGGUGAACUGAGUCCAGCUGAAAAACUUGGACAAAUCUUGAGUGCUGGUGAUGUGAACAAGUUGUGUGAAGCAGCGCUACCGUUUAAAAACUAUGGACAGUAUCAACGCCAAUCCCUUUGUCCAAGCUCCCCCCCAAACUGCCUUUCGUUUCUUCCUGCUUCUCCAGAAUCUUCGACUAACAGUCUUCACCCGAAUGUCAGAAAGAUGAGUAGUAAACAUGAAUUUCUUGAUGUAGCAAUGGUUUCACAUCGGUGGUUUGUCACCUUUCCCACCCACAAAAAGGGCCUUACAGUUUAUCGUGUAAUCAUGCGAGCCUGUUUUAUUACACUUGUUUUUCAGGUCAAAGCCUGGCUGGGACAAAACAAUCUCUCACGUCACAUACCCGCGAUCUGUGUCGAUGAUGUUAUCAACACAGCAUCUUGCGAUGUGACUGCCGUCGGUUACUUCUACUUCCAUGUGCAUCCAACUGUCAACAUUUCUUUAAGGCACGUGGAGAUUUUGGACGUUCUUCCCAUGCCCCCGAAGAGCUACUGUAUGAAGCUUUCA